GGGGACGGACCAUGUCUGCUCUGAUUCCACUAAUGAGACAGGAUUGUUUUUAAUGGAGGAGAGAAUGCCAACAGGUGCACACAGGUCUGGGGGCUGGUUCACACACACAUUCUAACACAUUGAACACACCUAAUUUCAAUAGAACGUAAUGACAAAUUGGCUUUUGAUUUGAAGUUAAUGAGGAAAAGUUUAACAUUGUUUCUCACCUCUGAAAGUGUGUGUGAUGCCCUCUCGUCUCACCUGUACCCCUCUGUCGCUCUCUACAGUGUGUGUGAUGCCCUCUCGUCUCACCUGUACCCCUCUGUCGCUCUCUACAGUGUGUGUGAUGCCCUCUCGUCUCACCUGUACCCCUCUGUCGCUCUACAGUGUGUGUGAUGCCCUCUCGUCUCACCUGUACCCUCUGUCGCUCUCUACAGUGUGUGUGAUGCCCUCUCUUCUCACCUGUACCCCUCUGUCGCUCUCUACAGUGUGUGUGAUGCCCUCUCGUCUCACCUGUACCCCUCUGUCGCUCUCUACAGUGUGUGAUGCCCUCUCGUCUCACCUGUACCCCUCUGUCGCUCUCUACAGUGUGUGUGAUGCCCUCUCGUCUCACCUGUACCCCUCUGUCACUCUCUACAGUGUGUGUGAUGCCCUCUCGUCUCACCUGUUCCCCUCUGUCGCUCUCUACAGUGUGUGUGUGUGUGUGUGUGUGUGUGUGAGCAGUGACAUAGAGAGCAUGUAGGGAGCACUAAAAACGACAUAUUGUAAUGUACUUGUUGGCCCCAACCUGUUAUGUAUCUCUUGGAUGUGUGGAGAAAGGUCAUCUGUUAGAUAUAGAAAUAACUAAGUAGACAUUUGCACGUGUGGUGUAAUGUGGUUUGUGUGAUGAAUGGUUGUGGGUGAUGUUGAUUAGAGAAGAGUGACGUGUACCUCUCCUUCAUUUGUCCUCUAAUUCCAUCCCUCCAUAAUGCCAUUACUACUAUUGGAUUUCGCCCUCCUUACACACAGACACUUCCUGAUUGUUUGGGCUCAUAAAACAAUGUUUAAAAAGAUUGUCAGAUCUGCCACGUCACCUCCCAUUACAGAGCCUUGCUUAACCCUGUCAUUUCUAGGAAAAGGGGGAGUGUGAAGGAGAGGUAUCUGGUGGAUUUGGAGGAGAGGUAUCUGGUGGAUGUGAAGGAGAGGAGAGGUAUCUGGUGGAUGUGGAGGAGAGGAGAGGUAUCUGGUGGAUGUGGAGGAGAGGAGAGGUAUCUGGUGGAUGUGGAGGAGAGGAGAGGUAUCUGGUGGAUGUGGAGGAGAGGAGAGGUGUCUGGUGGAUGUGGAGGAGAGGAGAGGUAUCUGGUGGAUGUGGAGGAGAGGAGAGGUAUCUGGUGGAUGUGGAGGAGAGGAGAGGUAUCUGGUGGAUGUGGAGGAGAGGUGGAUGUGGAGGAGAGGAGAGGUAUCUGGUGGAUGUGGAGGAGAGGAGAGGUAUCUGGUGGAUGUGGAGGAGAGGAGAGGUAUCUGGUGGAUGUGGAGGAGAGGAGAGGUAUCUGGUGGAUGUGGAGGAGAGGAGAGGUAUCUGGUGGAUGUGGAGGAGAGGAGAGGUAUCUGGUGGAUGUGGAGGAGAGGAGAGGUAUCUGGUGGAUGUGGAGGAGAGGAGAGGAGAGGUAUCUGGUGGAUGUGGAGGAGAGGUAUCUGGUGGAUGUGGAGGAGAGGUAUCUGGUGGAUGUGGAGGAGAGGUAUCUGGUGGAUGUGGAGGAGAGGUAUCUGGUGGAUGUGAAGGAGAGGUAUCUGGUGGAUGUGAAGGAGAGGUAUCUGGUGGAUGUGAAGGAGAGGUAUCUGGUGGAUGUGGAGGAGAGGUAUCUGGUGGAUGUGGAGGAGAGGUAUCUGGUGGAUGUGGAGGAGAGGUAUCUGGUGGAUGUGAAGGAGAGGUAUCUGGUGGAUGUGGAGGAGAGGUAUCUGGUGGAUGUGAAGGAGAGGUAUCUGGUGGAUGUGAAGGAGAGAUAUCUGGUGGAUGUGAAGGAGAGGAGAGGUAUCUGGUGGAUGUGAAGGAGAGGUAUCUGGUGGAUGUGGAGGAGAGGUAUCUGGUGGAUGUGGAGGAGAGGUAUCUGGUGGAUGUGAAGGAGAGGUAUCUGGUGGAUGUGAAGGAGAGGUAUCUGGUGGAUGUGAAGGAGAGGUAUCUGGUGGAUGUGAAGGAGAGGUAUCUGGUGGAUGUGAAGGAGAGGUAUCUGGUGGAUGUGGAGGAGAGGUAUCUGGUGGAUGUGGAGGAGAGGUAUCUGGUGGAUGUGGAGGAGAGGUAUCUGGUGGAUGUGAAGGAGAGGUAUCUGGUGGAUGUGAAGGAGAGGUAUCUGGUGGAUGUGAAGGAGAGGUAUCUGGUGGAUGUGGAGGAGAGGUAUCUGGUGGAUGUGAAGGAGAGGUAUCUGGUGGAUGUGAAGGAGAGGUAUCUGGUGGAUGUGGAGGAGAGGUAUCUGGUGGAUGUGAAGGAGAGGUAUCUGGUGGAUGUGAAGGAGAGGUAUCUGGUGGAGGAGAGGUAUCUGGUGGAUGUGGAGGAGAGGUAUCUGGUGGAUGUGAAGGAGAGGUAUCUGGUGGAUGUGGAGGAGAGGAGAGGUAUCUGGUGGAUGUGGAGGAGAGGAGAGGUAUCUGGUGGAUGUGAAGGAGAGGUAUCUGGUGGAUGUGAAGGAGAGGUAUCUGGUGGAUGUGAAGGAGAGGUAUCUGGUGGAUGUGAAGGAGAGGUAUCUGGUGGAUGUGAAGGAGAGGAGAGGUAUCUGGUGGAUGUGGAGGAGAGGUAUCUGGUGGAUGUGGAGGAGAGGUAUCUGGUGGAUGUGAAGGAGAGGUAUCUGGUGGAUGUGGAGGAGAGGUAUCUGGUGGAUGUGGAGGAGAGGUAUCUGGUGGAUGUGGAGGAGAGGUAUCUGGUGGAUGUGAAGGAGGGAUAUCUGGUGGAUGUGAAGGAGAGGUAUCUGGUGGAUGUGAAGGAGAGGAGAGGUAUCUGGUGGAUGUGGAGGAGAGGUAUCUGGUGGAUGUGAAGGAGAGGUAUCUGGUGGAGGAGAGGAGAGGUAUCUGGUGGAUGUGGAGGAGAGGUAUCUGGUGGAUGUGGAGGAGAGGUAUCUGGUGGAUGUGAAGGAGGGAUAUCUGGUGGAUGUGAAGGAGAGGUAUCUGGUGGAUGUGAAGGAGAGGUAUCUGGUGGAUGUGGAGGAGAGGAGGGGUAUCUGGUGGAUGUGAAGGAGAGGUAUCUGGUGGAUGUGAAGGAGAGGUAUCUGGUGGAUGUGAAGGAGAGGUAUCUGGUGGAUGUGGAGGAGGGGAGGGGUAUCUGGUGGAUGUGAAGGAGAGGAGAGGUAUCUGGUGGAGGAGAGGUGAGGUAUUUGGUGGAUGUGGAGGAGAGGAGAGGUAUCUGGUGGAUGUGAAGGAGAGGAGAGGUAUCUGGUGGAUGUGAAGGAGAGGUAUCUGGUGGAUGUGAAGGAGAGGUAUCUGGUAGAUGUGGAGGAGAGGAGAGGAGAGGUAUCUGGUAGAUGGAGAGGAGAGGAGAGGUAUCUGGUGGAUGUGAAGGAGAGGUAUCUGGUGGAUGUGGAGGAGAGGAGGGGUAUCUGGUGGAUGUGAAGGAGAGGUAUCUGGUGGAUGUGAAGGAGAGGUAUCUGGUGGAUGUGGAGGAGGGGAGGGGUAUCUGGUGGAUGUGAAGGAGAGGAGAGGUAUCUGGUGGAUGUGGAGGAGAGGAGGGGUAUCUGGUGGAUGUGAAGGAGGGGUAUCUGGUGGAUGUGAAGGAGAGGUAUCUGGUGGAUGUGAAGGAGAGGUAUCUGGUGGAUGUGAAGGAGAGGUAUCUGGUGGAUGUGAAGGAGAGGUAUCUGGUGGAUGUGAAGGAGAGGUAUCUGGUGGAUGUGAAGGAGAGGUAUCUGGUGGAUGUGGAGGAGAGGAGGGGUAUCUGGUGGAUGUGGAGGGGAUCUGGUGGAUGUGAAGGAGAGGUAUCUGGUGGAUGUGAAGGAGAGGUAUCUGGUGGAUGUGAAGGAGAGGUAUCUGGUGGAUGUGAAGGAGAGGUAUCUGGUGGAUGUGAAUGAGAGGUAUCUGGUGGAUGUGGAGGAGAGGAGGGGUAUCUGGUGGAUGUGAAGGAGGGGUAUCUGGUGGAUGUGAAGGAGAGGUAUCUGGUGGAUGUGAAGGAGAGGUAUCUGGUGGAUGUGAAGGAGAGGUAUCUGGUGGAUGUGGAGGAGAGGUAUCUGGUGGAUGUGAAGGAGAGGUAUCUGGUGGAUGUGAAGGAGAGGUAUCUGGUGGAUGUGGAGGAGAGGAGGGGGUAUCUGGUGGAUGUGAAGGAGAGGUAUCUGGUGGAUGUGAAGGAGAGGUAUCUGGUGGAUGUGAAGGAGAGGUAUCUGGUGGAUGUGAAGGAGAGGUAUCUGGUGGAUGUGAAGGAGAGGUAUCUGGUGGAUUUGGAGGAGAGGAGAGGUAUCUGGUGGAUGUGGAGGAGAGGUAUCUGGUGGAUGUGGAGGAGAGGUAUCUGGUGGAUGUGGAGGAGAGGUAUCUGGUGGAUGUGAAGGAGAGGUAUCUGGUGGAUGUGGAGGAGAGGUAUCUGGUGGAUGUGGAGGAGAGGUAUCUGGUGGAUGUGGAGGAGAGGUAUCUGGUGGAUGUGGAGGAGAGGUAUCUGGUGGAUGUGGAGGAGAGGUAUCUGGUGGAUGUGGAGGAGAGGUAUCUGGUGGAUGUGGAGGAGAGGUAUCUGGUGGAUGUGAAGGAGAGGAGAGGUAUCUGGUGGAUGUGGAGGAGAGGUAUCUGGUGGAUGUGAAGGAGAGGUAUCUGGUGGAUGUGGAGGAGAGGUAUCUGGUGGAUGUGAAGGAGAGGUAUCUGGUGGAUGUGAAGGAGAGGUAUCUGGUGGAUGUGGAGGAGAGGAGGGGUAUCUGGUGGAUGUGAAGGAGAGGUAUCUGGUGGAUGUGAAGGAGAGGUAUCUGGUGGAUGUGAAGGAGAGGUAUCUGGUGGAUGUGAAGGAGAGGUAUCUGGUGGAUGUGAAGGAGAGGUAUCUGGUGGAUGUGGAGGAGGGGAGGGGUAUCUGGUGGAUGUGAAGGAGAGGAGAGGUAUCUGGUGGAUGUGAAGGAGAGGAG